AUGGCACUGCUCAGAUCUUGCUGUUGCUGGAGGUCCGUGCGAAAAGGAAGCAUCGCUUGCGGGAUCUACACGCUUAUAUUCUACACGAUAUUGGUGACGGCCGGAAUAUGCCACGUGAACACGGUGCUUCAUUCUCAGGUCCGCUUCACCAUGAGCCUGUUUCUGCUGACCUUCUCUGGACUCUGCGUCGUCGCGUCCAUCGUCUUGCUCCUAGGCCUGUUUUUUGACAAUCGGCUCCUGCUCAUUCCAUGGCUCAUCGUUGUGUCGAUGACGACGCUCCUGGACAUGGUUCUCUCCUUGUACCUCAUCACAGACCUCCCCGUGAACCCGUUCGUCAUCACCAUGUACGUCGUCGAUUACAUUCUGUGCGCAGUAAACGUGUACAGCAUCCUGUGCGUGCUGUCCCAGUACCAGGAAUACGCCGUCGGGCGGAGAGCGCUGUGCCAGACAAGCCACGUCUCGAUUCCAACAUUGUCAACAUGCAACGGAGCCGCGGACCGGUCGGGGUUCGGUCGCGUGGCGUCUUGGCCCGCCGGGCGACUGACUCACAAGUUGGGGCUCCAAGUCCCAUCCCACGCCUCGCCCACGACGAACGGCACACCAGAGAAGAGCCGAACCGGGCGAGGCUUCCAGCGUCCCCUGAGAAAACCGGAAGCCAUCAUACCGGAAGUGGAAGCGCCGGAAGCCUCUUUAUUCGUGCAGGAAGAAGCGUCCAGCGGCGUGCACAUCUCCACCGCCGAGACAUCACUGCAACAGACCGACGAAGAUGGAGUGAUGGAGCGAGAAGGCAGUUUUCAAAAGGUAAUUACUACAGAAUAG